UUUAUAAAGGUUGUAAGACAUUAUUUAAACAAAGUUUUAAGGUUAAGUUGGGUGUGAUGCAAUCGAUCUUGCUUUUUUAAAUUUGCGGACGGUUAAGGUGUGUGUGAUUACAUUUCUGUCAGGAAUAUUCAGUUUAAAAGGUAAGAAACCUCAUUUUAUAAAGAAUGUUAGUCGUUAUUUCCAUGUUUUAACGUUAAGUGGGGUGUGAUGCAGUCGAUAUUUGCUUUUUAUUUUUUUGUUUGCGGACGGUUAAGUUAAUUAAGGGGUGUGAGAGAGUACGUUUCUGUCAGGAUUAUUCAGUUUAAAAGGUAAGAAACAUCAAUUUAUAAAGAAUGAUAGUCGUUAUUACCAUGUUUUAACGUUAAGUGGGGUGUGAUGCAGUCCAUAUUGCUUUAUAUUUUUUUAUUUGCGGACGGUUAACGUUAAGGGGUGUGAGAGAGUAACUUACAUUUCUGUCAGGAAUAUUCGGUUUAAAAGGUAAGAAACAUCAAUUUAUAAAGAAUGUUAGUCUUUAUUACCAUGUUUUAACGUUAAGCGGGGUGUGAUGCAGUAGUUGCUUUUUUUUUUUUUUUUUUUUCUUAAUUUCUGUCAGGAAUAUUCGGUUUAAAGGUAAGAAACAUCAAUUUAUAAAGAAUGUUAGUCUUUAUUACCAUGUUUUAACGUUAAGUGGGGUGUGAUGCAGUCCAUAGUUGCUUUUUAUUUUUUUAAUUUGCGGACGGUUAAGGGGUGAGAGAGAACAUUUCUGUCAGGAAUAUUCUGUUUUAAUGUUGAGAACCACAUUUACCAAUUUAUAAGGAAUGUUAAACGUUAGUCUUUAACAGUCUAAGUUCAGCAACUGUAAAACGGUGAAAUGACGUUAGCGUGUUCACGGUGUUAGUUUUACUGUCUAGUAACGUUUAAUGAACGCCAUUUUAUGUGGUGUCGUCGUCAGUUUUAAAAUGCUUGAUGCAUGUCCGCGUGCAGUGACGCGGGGAAAAUACAAAUAACGUUACAAGUGGUAACGUUAUACCCAAACUAAUUCUGCUGUGAUUUACUUGCUUAAUGCUGCAGUCGGCAAGAUUUUUUUUAUCAUAUUAACUGAAACCAUGCUCCGAUAUAAUAACAUAAAUUAGACUGUUUAAGAAAAAAACCCGCGCUUCUACUUCCACCUAGACUAGACUAUAUUAUUAGGUUGGCAAAAAUCCACUGCUCCCGGUUCAAUCGGCGCAGGGCUGUGUAAAAUUUGCCUGUCAAUCACAGUUCCUACACACGCCACAGAUCCACCCUUCCUCCUCGCGCGCAAUAUCACGUGCAUCCGCCUGAAGUUCACCAGUGUGAUGGAUUAAACGCAGCGUGAUGGCAGAGAAAACAUUAACGAACAAACGUCCGAUUCCUCGGUUAACAACCAGAGCUAGGAGAACAACCAAGGGGAAAAAAAACAAACAUAGAAAGCGACCGUGCCCGGAAUAAAACUAGGAUCAAUAUCGGACCGGCAUUUGAAUCCGGAUUUACGAGAUUUUAAAGGGUUCAAGCUGGAUGCAGAGCUUGCCACAUCUCGACAGGUGCAUUUUCAGGAUGUUACCAUGUUGCUGAAGGUGAAAUACCACAGUAGCAAGAAGUACAUCAAAUUGCACUCAGGCUUCACCUAUUUAGAAUUCAUCAGGGAAGUCAAAAACAAGUUUGGGCUUCCUGACACAGCUCAACUUAACAUUUUUGAUGAAACUGACACAGCAGUAGAGGAUGACAUUCUUCUAGAGCUGUUGGAGGCCAAUCCAGACAUAUGCCUGACAGUACGUGACAGCAUUACAGAUGAAGAGUUUUCUCCUUUAGAUCAUUCUACACCAUCUUCCCUCACGGAUACCAUGUCACUUUCUUCAAGUGACCGUGACCCCACAGAACUGGGUAUUCCCACAGGCAGAAGUAGAUCCAGCAAAGAAGACACUAACAGUUCUGCAACAAAGGGUUUGAUGUCAGAGGCAGCAAAGGAGAUGGUAGAAAAGGCCUUGCUUAAGAAGCCUGGAGGAGAGGAUAUUCUUGAAGAGUACAAGUCAGAAAAUUCACUAAUGCACCGCACUCGGAGACAGCUUGUCAACAUAUUGGCGAGUGAUAUUACUGAGAGACAUGGGAUUCCUUCCCGUCAGCAGAAGGAGAAGUAUGCCCUGGGAAUUAUUACUCUCUUUCCCUCACUGAAGGAUCCUUUUUCUCCAAAGGGCUAUGAGCAUUUUUAUGAUGGGGAAAAGGGCACUGGAUAUUUAGCGUGGCGCCUUAAAACCAUCUCCAGGACUUCAGGAAAACGGCCAGUCAAGGAAGUCUCAGUGCAUCAAGCACAAGGACCAAAGCGCCGAAGAUCAGCAACCACACUGCCUCAGCAGCUUGAUGGAGAUGCCUGCAGGGAGGCCAUUUCAUUUCUUGUUCACUCUCCUGAUGAAGCAAGUGUAUUUCAGAAGAUGAAGAUGACGUUUCAGCACCGUCAGGACCUAGUGCAUGACCCACAAAGAAGCACAGAUGUCUUCAAAACAUUUCCACGCUUUUUAGAUGUCAAAGGACUGGUGAAUCAAGACUUCCUGCUGCUAUUUGGUGCUGAAACAGCCUCCAAGAUGCUUGAGAAGUGGGACACCUCAUUCAAGCCCAAGGUCAUCAAAGAGGCCAAAAAACUGACUCAGACAACUGAGCUGUGCCGACUUCUAAAAGCUGCUGAGAAACUUGCAGAGAACGAUGAAACGGACUGGGACAGUGACAUCGCUUCUAUGCUGCUGCUUCUCCAUCUCUUGCCACCCACAGCUGGACGGAAGAGGACCAAAAUAAGUCCAAGUGAUGCAGUGGACAAAAUGGUGCAUUUUCAUAAGUCAUGCUGCAGCAUCAAUGAAUAUGUGCAGGAAAGAGAGGGUAAACAACCGUACAUCCUUGCAGUUGGCCGAACUCGGAAGACGAUUGAUACCUUCUACAUCGCCGUUGACAAACAGCUCAUCCUCUGCCAAGCCACCAGCUCAUUGGGUGCUUUUGAUGAACUGUUUAAAUCCCACUACGUUUUUAACUUGUCUUAUGACGAGUCCUUGGUCCAUUUCUACACUUUUCUGCAGACAACUGUCUUCAACAUUGAUGUUACCACAACAGAUGAGUCUCCAAGAGUUCGUGAGUUGCGGGCCAAACUUUUAAAUGACAUAUGAAUAUGUUCAAAUGUUUCAUUUGUCAUGCAUUGCAUGCUACCAGCCAGGGACUAAUAACUCAUUUGCGAAUCGGCCACAGUUUCUAUCCAGGCACCAAGUUUAAGUUAGUUUGUGCACAAGAUGAUUGUAGGCGUCAGUUUUCAACAUUUUCAGGUUUAAAAAACCAUUUAGUUAGUGUUCAUAAGUGUUAUUGUCAAAGUGGUGAUGCAGAAACCUCAGAGUCAUUUCAGGCUGAUUUUCACAGUUUACAAAAUAGUACAGAAGUUGCAGGAACAAGUGUUAUGCAGAGCCUUGAUGCUGGGUUUUUUGACAACAAUGGAUCUGGUCAAAGUUUCACAGAAAACACAAAAGAUAUCUGUGCAACAAUUAUUGCCAAACUCCAUGGUAGUGGUAUGGCAAAUAGUAUAGUUUCAUCAAUUGUUAGUGAUUUGGAAGAACUUGCUGGUGGACUGCACUCCCAAGUUAAGCACGAAAUUCUGUCCGCUGUGCCAACAGAUAACCCUGUAAGAUCUACACUGGAAAAGAGUUUUGAGAAUUUUGAAAACCCAUUUGUAAGUUUUAAUACUGAAACUAAAAGAAUGAAGUAUUUCAACAAAAAAUGGGGAAUUGUGGAGCCAGUGGAAAAAAAUUUAGGAGUUCGAUUUGAUACAAGGCGAAACAAAAAUACAGGUACUUAUGAUCAGGUCCCAGUGAAAGACACUUUUGUUUACAUUCCAAUUUUGGAAACCAUUAAAUUUAUCUGCCGCAAUUCUUAUAUUUGUGAACUACUUUCAAAACCAUGUGUAUCAAAAGACAGAUAUGAAGACUUUUGUGAUGGAAGUUAUUUUAAGUCACAUCCAUUGUUCUCAAAAACUCAGACUUCUUUGCAAAUUCAACUUUACUAUGAUGACUUUGAGACUGCUAACCCACUGGGUUCAAAACGUGGUGUUCACAAAGUUGGUGCUCUCUAUUUUGUCCUCCGAAAUCUGCCUCCAAAGUUAAACUCCAUAUUGAUGAACAUUCAUUUGGUUGCAUUGUUUCACACGGAAGAUGUGAAAAAAUAUGGCUUUGAUCCUAUUUUACAGCCUUUGAUUGAUGACAUCAAAAUAUUGGAGAGUCAUGGCAUUGAUUUGCCUUUCUCAUCUGAAAAGGUCUAUGGCACUAUAUGUCAGAUAACUGGGGACAACUUGGGGAUGCAUGGAAUAAUGGGUUUUACAGAGUCUUUCAGUGGACGUCACUUCUGUCGUUUGUGUUUGAUUGAAAAAGAUGAUUCUCAAAAUGUUUACAAAGAGGAUGACCCAAAGAUAGUCUUGCGUGGAAAAGAGCUUUUUGAAAUGCACUGUAGUGAGUUGCAAUCAGAUCCACAAAAGAUGUGUGUGUUUGGUCUAAAGAAGAAUUCAACUCUUAACAGCCUAAACUACUUCCAUGUUUGCCACAACUUUUCUUUGGACAUUAUGCAUGACAUACUUGAAGGGGUGGCUCAGUAUGAGAUAAAGUUACUGUUUGAAUAUCUCUCUGAAAAUGUUUUGUCAAAACCUGGUCUUCUGUCACGAAUCUAUGCUUUUGACUAUGGCUACUUGGAGCGCAAAAAUCGUCCGACAAGGGUCAACUUGGACAGUAUAGGCAAUAAUAUUGGACUCAACUCUAUUCAGACUCUUUGUCUGGUAAGAAACAUUCCUUUGAUUUUUGGUGACAUUGUGCCAGAAGGAAACCAGAACUGGACUUUGCUGUUGCUCUUAUUGCAAAUAAUUAACAUCAUAUUCUCUCCAUCUAUUACACUAGGCAUGACUGUGCAUUUGAAGCAUUUAAUAAUGGAACAUCAUGACUUGUUCAAACACUUGUAUCCAAGUAGAAACCUGAUUCCUAAACAUCAUUUUAUGCUACAUUACCCGUCUUGUAUUCGAAAAAUUGGACCGUUAAUACAUAUGUGGAGUAUGAGAUUUGAGGCAAAACACAGGGUUUUCAAAAGCACACUUAAAAACUUCAAGAACAUCACAGUAUCACUUGCCAAAAAACAUCAAAUGUCCAUAGCAUCCAAUUGGGAAACAUCUCGUUUAAACCAUGUUGAGUACGGACCUUUGAAAAAAUUUAAUGUGGACAAUGAUGAAAAUGGUGAAAUGUUUGCCCAAGCCCUGCCCGCUGUAGCAAAAGACAUUUUCUCUACUAACUGGGUAAAGAUCAGUGGGGUAGAGUACAGACCCGGGUUAGUAAUUUGCAAUGGUACAGAACAGGAAAUGCCUGUGUUUUGCAGAAUUAAAAAAAUGCUUUUAGUCAAUAGUGUGAUCUACUUCAUAGUGAACAAGCUUAUGGUUGACCAUUUCAGUGAGCACUUUCAUGCCUACAAUGUGUUUGAAUGUGAUGAAAAAGAUGUGAUAAAAGCAGACUGUCUUCAAAUUUACAAGCCUUUUGACUUACAAAGUGCUUAUGGUGGAGAUGAAAGUCUUUAUAUUGUACCAUUAUUUUCUCUGUAAAUGUGCAUAGAGUUAAAGUUGUGUGGUGCUUGGAUAUUUGCUUUUAUUAAAAACGAUGAAUUCUU